UUUUGUGUCUGGACUGAUAAUCUAUCUCUCCAUCCAUGGAAUCUCCGUCUUCAUCAUCCAAAUCCCAACCUAUGUACGAUGUCCUCAUCAACUUUACCGGAGACGACAUCCGUAGGAAAUUUGUUUCUCAUCUCGAUUCUGCUCUCUCCUCUGUUGGAUUCACCACUUUCCUUCAUCACAAUAAUGCAGUGCCAGUGACGCCAAAACACAUCCAAGAACCUAUUCUGAAUAAUUGUCGGGUAGCAAUAGUUGUUUUCACCACAACCUACUCUCAAUCCGCUUGGUGCCUUCAUCAGCUUCAACAAAUCAUCAAAUGGCAUGAAACUUAUUGCCGACAAUUUCUGCCGGUAUACUACGAAAUUCAGCCGUCUGAUGUACGUCUUCAGAAGGGUCAUUUUGGAAAAUCUUUCAAAGCAACUGCACAACAAACAUUUUCAGCACAACAAUUGGAGCAUGGCAUGUCCAGGUGGAGCCACGCACUGAGAAAAGCUGCAGAUUUCUUUGGAUGGGAUGAGAGCAAUUAUAGGAGUGAUGCUGAACUAGUGGAGGAAAUUGUUAAAAGCGUUCUUAAUUUACCAGUCUUGUCCGCUACUAAAUUUCCCGUUGGAUUACAAUCCCAAGUGGAAGAUGUGAUUCAAACUAUCAAAAAUAAAUCUGCAGAAGUUUGUACGAUAGCGAUAUGUGGGAUGGAAGGAUCUGGUAAAACCACCAUUGCCAAAGCCAUCUACCAUCAAAUUCAUGAUAGAUUCAAGCAGAAAAGUUUCGUUGAAGAUAUUGCACAAGUUAGUCAAACGAGAGGGUAUGUUCAUUUACAAGAACAACUUCUUUCAGAAGUGUUAAAAACAAAGGUGGAGAUACAUAGCGUUGAGAUGGGAACAAGUAUGAUUCGGGCAAGGCUUCUUCGAAAAAGGGUGUUGAUUGUACUUGACAAUAUAAAUGACUAUGAUCCAUUAUUAGACCUAUGGGAAAAUCGUGCAUGGUUCGAUAAAGGAACUGUAAUAAUAAUUACAACAAGACAUGAACACCUACUGGGGAUACGUCGUGUUGAUUCUAUUUUUCGGAUAAAUCUUUUGAACUCAAAUCAGUCCCUUGAGCUUCUUAGUUGGCACGCAUUUAGAGAAGCAAAACCAGAUGAAGAAUACAAUUUUCUUGCAAGAAGAAUAGUUGCUUAUUGUGGAGGACUGCCUCUAGUUCUUGAAGUCAUUGGAAGUUGUUUAUUUGAAAGGACGAAAGAAGAAUGGAAUAAUGUAUUGUUUAAAUUAGCGAAAAUUCCCCAGAACGAUGUUCAACAGAAAUUGAAGAUAAGCUACGACUAUUUACACAAUCACUUGGAAAAGGACUUAUUCCUUGAUGUAUGCUGUCUCUUUGUUGGUAAGGGUAGGGCCUAUGCUGUGAAGAUCCUAUAUGGCUGUGGGGUAGACGCUGAUAGUGGAAUAAGAGUUCUCAUACAACGUAACCUCAUAAAAGUUAAAAAAAACAACAAAUUUGGAAUGCAUCCUUUGCUACACGAAAUGGGAAGAAAAAUUGUUCGUGAUUUUGAAAUUGGGAAGAACAGUCGACGGGGCAUUGAAGAGGAAGCGGAAUAUGUAUUACUGUCAGAUAAUAGAAGGACAGAAGCCAUCGAGGGAUAUUGUCUGAAAUUGUGUUCAGCCAGAAGAGAUUGCUUCGAACAACUGGCUGUAAAUUCUGAGUACCUUUCUCCGAAAUUGAGAUGGAUCAGUUUGCAUGGGUUUUCUUCAGAAUACCUACAUAACUUUUAUUUGCAUGAGGUAGUAGCGAUUGAUUUGAAACGAAGUCUUCUCCGACUAGUCUGGAAAGAACCCCAGGUUUUGAGGUCAUUAAAAGUCCUUAACCUUAGUCACUCCGUGUACUUGACAGAAACACCUGACUUUUCACGACUACCUAAUCUUGAACAGCUCAUUCUAAAAGAUUGUUCCAGAUUGCAUGAAAUACAUCAUUCUAUUGGAUGUCUAUGUAACCUUACACUACUAAAUUUGAAAGACUGUAUAAGUCUAAGCAAUCUCCCGGAAGAGAUAUAUAAGUUGAAAUCUUUGAGAACUCUCAUUCUCUCCGGUUGUUCGAAGAUUGACCUAAGAGAAACAGAUAUAGUGCAAAUGAAAUCAUUGAUAACUCUGAUAUCAGAAAAUAUAGCUGUGAAACAAGUGCCCUUGUCAAUUGUAAGCUCAGAAAGCAUGGGAUAUAUAUCUCUACUUGGUUUUGAGAGAUUGACAGAUAAUAUUUUUCCUUCUAUCCUUCGUUAUUGGAUGGUGCCAACAAUGAAUCCCAUAUCUUAUAUUCAUUCGUUUUGCAUGGAUAUGGAGCAUAAUAGUUGGGACGAUAUCGUGCCAUUGCUUAGCAGCCUAGAAAAUCUUCGAAGUGUUUUGGUGCAAUGUGACACCGAGUUUCAACUAUCAAAGCAAGUAAAAAAUAUUAUGGUCGACUAUUUUGCAAAUAUUACAGAAUCUGGAAUUUCAAAGGAGCACUUAAGGUUUUCUUUGAUUGGUGUUGGAAGAUACAAUGAAUUCUUCAAUGCUGCCAACGAUAUCUUAUCUGAGGUAAGCAGUGAGUUGUGUGAUGUUUCUCUCCCAGGUGACAAUGAUCCUUAUUGGUUGGCCCAUAUGGGUGAGGGACGUUCUGUAUCUUUUACUGUCCCUCAAAAUCGUGACCUGAAGGGUAUGGCUUUGUGUGUUUUUUAUUUAUCAACCCCUAAAAUCAUUGAACCAGAAUUUACUACUGUCUUAAUUGUUAAUUACACGAAGUGCACAUUGCAUAUGCACAAGCAUGACACAGUAAUCUCCUUUAACGAUGAAGAUUGGCAUGGCAUAAUGUCAAAUUUAGGAUCUGGAGACAAGGUGGAGAUUUUUGUGAGUUUUGGUCAUGGAUUGUUAAUCAAGAACACAGCUAUCUAUCUAAUAUUUGAUGAAUCAAAUAACAUGAAGAAAAUGCUUGAGAAAAAGAAAUUUUCACUCUUUAGAUUUAUAAAAAAAAAUUGUAAUUCGAGUUCUAGUAAGAUAUUGUCGAGAAUAUUUGUUUAAUAUGUUUUAUUUAAAUUAGU